GAGACAUCAACAACGAGAUCAGUGAAGGACAGUGAGCUUGGUGCAGGGAGAUCCGAGACGGCACGGCAAGGCCACUGGACGAGAUGACGGCUGUUGCAGCAGCGCGACGCUUGGCGGUGCUUCAGCGCCACCUGGCACCCUGCCAACCGCUGCUGGGCCGGCGCCUGGCCUCAUCCAGAAACUCGGAUGGCUUGGACGCCUACAUGCAAGGCGGUUGGGCCCAGAAGCGCAUCAUGAAGGUUGACCCCGAGGACGUGCUCCCUGAACGCACUCUAAAGGGGCAAACGCUGUUUAUCACGGGCGCCAGCCGAGGCAUCGGCCUGGCCAUUGGCAAGCGCGCGGCGCAAGAUGGGGCGAAUGUGGUCGUGGUAGCAAAGACCGCCGAGCCCCAUCCGAAGCUUCCAGGCACCGUCUUCACGGCUGCCAAGGAAAUUGAAGAGGCUGGUGGAAAGGCACUCCCCAUUGUCUGUGAUAUUCGUGACUACGAACAAGUGGAGGCGGCGGUGGCGCGGGCCGUUGAGCACUUUGGUGGCAUUGAUAUUCUUGUCAACAACGCCUCGGCCAUCAACCUCACCGAUACCGAGACAGUGGACAUGAAGCGCUACGACCUCAUGCACAGCAUCAAUGCUCGUGGCACGUUUGCUUGCACCAAAGCCUGUUUACCUCACCUCAAAAAGGGCAAGAAUCCACACGUGCUGACGUUGUCCCCACCAUUGGAUCAACUGCAAGCCAAAUGGUUUAAACACCACGUGGCUUAUUCGGCUGCCAAGUAUGGCAUGUCAAUGUAUGUGAUGGGCCACAGUGCUGAGUUUCGCAAGUUUGGCAUUGCCGUCAAUGCUCUCUGGCCCCGCACCACAAUCGCCACAGCAGCUGUCAAGAACGUUCUGGGUGGAAGCGAGAUGAUCUCACGCUCGCGCACUCCUGAGAUCAUGGCCGAUGCAGCACACGCCAUCCUGACGCGCAAGGCCCACGUAACGGGAAACUUUUUCGUCGAUGAUGAAGUGCUGAUUUCGGAGGGCACCACAGAGCUUAGCAAGUACAAUGUGGAUCCAAAGGCUGCCCAGCACGAGCUUACACCUGAUUUCUUUGUGUAAUCAGCACGGGCAUCGGUGUACACCCAACUCGGUCACUUGCUCACCGUUCAAUUACCAAAAAAAAAAUGAUUGCGCUCCACGCUUAAAACUGGACAGUCCCCAUGCCUCCACAUGAAGCAGGCCCAGUUGCGGUGCCUUUCAAAAAGCACUGUAGCCACCCUGCACCAAUGGGUACGACAGAAUCUUGAGCCAAGAUGCUUGCAACCAAUUGAGAGCAGUCGAAG